UUUUAACUUGGUUUUUUUUUUUUUUUCCUUUCUAUAUUAACUAUACUCCUUCUUAAUAUGAAGCUACAUUGGUUAUUGUACUUUAUUGCCGGUCUCAGUGUCGUCUCGGCAGCUGCAACCCAUCUUGAGCGUAGAGCUGAGUUGGGUGAAGCUCUCAUGAAGUACGGUUACAAUCCUCCUCGUGUCAACCCUGACUACUGCGUAGGUUUCCGCAUCACUUACCCCACAACUCCCGGUAUGGCAAUUCCUGUCGGCUCUCUUCAAGAAGUGAAAUGGGAAGUGGACCAAGGUAUCUCCAAUCCGCCUGACAUCAUUACCCGUAUUCGUAUUUUGAACGCUACUCAACACAAUCAACAUAUCAUCGGUGAAAAUAUCACUCUCUAUACGGAUGAAAAUAGAGGCUCUAUUCUUUUCCCUCUGCAAGUAGACGAUAUCACGGGUCUUUACCACUAUCGAAUUAUGGUGAACUAUGUCGGAACAGCUGUUCAUUGUGUAUAUGAAUCUGUACCCUUCUAUGUUCUUCAGGACCCUUACAAGAAAUAUGUCACAGCCGGUCCUCCUACGCCUGAUGUACCUACAGGUUAUCGUUACACUCAAGAGCGUCUUUCAUUCCUUGAUGAGCUAAAGUUUUAAAUAAAUUGUGAUCUCCGUGAUGUGUAACACAUCAUCCUUCUACUUUGUCACAUGAACCAUGAAAUAAAAAGCCCCAAAAGAAAAAGUAACAAGCUUUUCGUAGCACUUAACAGUUCCUCAUUUGUAAAGUAAAGAAAUCAUCUUUUUUUUUUUUUUCUUUCUACUCUUUAUCCCACAGUCUUCCUCCAAGCGUCUUUU